CUUAUUUGAACUUGACCGCGUUGAGAACGCUCUCAGUGCGCGUGAGUGUGUUUUGAACGCAGGGAGGCGGGUCUUCGCGGACUGAGGCUCACCACGCUCGCGCUCGGUUCAUAUCACGCGUUAUUCUCGUCUAUGUAUGUCGGAGCGAUGUUUCUCUGUCGGAGGAACGCGUCUGGAGCGGCUUUAUUACUGCAGCGUCUGCAAGUAACGUUACCGAGCCGCGCAUUGCGUAACUACAGCUGCUCUCGUGUUUACCGGAGAUUAACGGCAAGCAAAGCCGUACUAUUCCGUUCGCGCUUGUACGACACGACUCCGUUCGGAUCGCCGCUGGAUCUCGGUGUUCACGCGCGAAUGGCGGUGUUCGCUUUGAACGCUGACGCGCCGCGACGCGAAUACAGCGACGCGAGGACCGGCGAUCGGAGCGUCCUUAAACUCCGUGAACUCGAGUCGUUUCUAUCCGUUCGUUCUUCAGCUCCAGUCGCGAUCCGGUCCCGACGAUCAUCCACGACGCCCGGGAAGACGCAGGACGAACGCGCCGCUAACGUGACGCAAACGGAUCAGGUGUCAUCUGUGUCCGGCGCUGAAGGUCAGAGGUCAGGUGAGGAGCCCAGUAAGACGCAGCAGCUCAGGAAGGUGUUUAAGGAGUACGGCGCGGUCGGAGUCUCUUUCCACAUCGGAAUCUCUCUCAUUUCUCUGGGAAUGUGCUACCUCGCCAUAUCCAGCGGGCUGGACGUGACGGCUCUGCUGUGUAAGCUGGGCUUCAGUGAGUCUGUGGUUCAGUCGCGGCUGGCUGCUGGCACCAGUACGUUUGUGUUAGCGUACGCCGUCCACAAGCUCUUGGCUCCGCUGCGGAUCAGCAUCACGCUGGUGUGUGUGCCUCUGAUCGUCAGACACCUCCGGAGGACGGGACUCUUCAGAGCCGGUCCAAACCGUCCAUAAGCUCCUCUGUCCGCUCCACUCGUGACACUAACUCC